AUGUCUGCAAUUGCCGUGUCUGUUGCUCCGGCAGUGCACCGCCAGAAGUUGGUUCCCAUGGCACGUAGUCGCCUUCGUGUACUCCAAGAGGCCAAGCGAAAUGUGCAAAAUCUAGCGAAUGGACGUGUUCCAUCUACCCCACUCAAACACACAAUCUUUUGCGACUCGGAUGGAGAGAAUGCCAGUCCGUAUACCAAGUCUGAGCCCUACAAACGCAAGCGCUCUGUGGGAGAUGACGACCAGCUAUGCGAGUCUCCCAAGAGUUUGAAGGCCAGCCGCACGUCGUUUGUCAUCAAGACCGACGACAAGAGCGACAAGGCGUUUACAUCCACUGCAGUAAGCCAGGCCUUGGGCAGACCAAUUGGUCGAGACUCCCAGGUCAAAUCCAAGCCAAGUAAAGCAUUUGGCCGUCGCUCUUCACGCAUUCCCCCCUUCAUAAAAGAGAUCGUCCAGAAAGGUCUCAACAAGAGCAAAGAGCCUCGGAAGAAGACUCACCCAAACAGCUGGCUUUUCAAUAUCCACGUCGAUACUGAAGUGGAAGAAGCAACCAACCUGAUGCAACACUCUGCUGGUCGCCUUGACAUCAGCGACGACGAAGGAAAAUCUCGUUUUGACGAAUGUGAUAAAGAGAAUAUCCCUCCAAGCGAGCUUGGAAUCACCCUACCAACCCCCGCUCAGCCAGUUGCCAUGGCCUCUCGUAAGAAUAUGAUGGCGGAGUCGCGCAGCCCUCUUGGUGAGUUGGUGGCUUCAGAUUACUAUGGCCCAGGCCUAAGUGAUCUCUCUUAUGAAAUCGUCCAGGAGGAGGAGUAUAUCAAGAUGUCCUCCGCACAUCUCGGUUACCGUAUCAUCUCAUUGCCGUCUGAUGCCGACUCCAUGGCUAAAAGGGCCACGAAAAUUUGUGUCGAUAAGUGA